AUGUCAGCUUCUCCAAACGACCCGUAUCCAUGGCAAGAGCCAGCAGAUCCCAUCACACGAGGCGCAUUCAUAGUAAUCGAAGGCUUGGAUCGAGCGGGAAAGACUACACAGGUGAAGAGGAUAUGCGACAGACUCUAUGCUUCGGGGCACAAUGUGAAGACUAUACGAUUUCCCGACCGAACAUCGCCCAUAGGCAGCAUGAUAGACCGCUACCUCCAAAGCGCCCUCGAGAUGGAUGACCACGCAAUCCACCUCCUCUUUUCCGCGAAUCGAUGGGAGAAAGCUAAAUGGAUCCGGAACACCCUUGCCUCAGGCUCCACCAUAGUCUGCGACCGCUACUACUACUCUGGCAUGGUCUACAGCGCCGCAAAACAGAACCCCUCCCUCUCCUUAUCCUGGGCGCAGAGCCCGGACGCAGGGCUGCCGAAACCCGAUGUCGUUGUGUUUCUGGAUCUGGAGGCAGAGGAGGCAGAGAAGAGGGGUGGGUAUGGAGAGGAAAAGUAUGAGAAGAGGGAUAUGCAGAUGAGGGUAAGGGAGCUGUUCCUCGCUUUGUUGGAGGGAGAGGGGGAUGAGAAGGGCAUGAGGGUUGUGAAUGCCGGGGCUGGUGUUGAUGUUGUUGGGGAGAGGAUUUGGAAAGAGGUAGAGGGGGUUGUGAGGGCUGUCUCGGAGGGCAGCCAUGGGAAGGAACUUGAUUGUGUGAGAGCCUGGAAGAGCUGA